UAGGUUUGGACAAUGACGCCUCCCGGAAGAAAGAGAAGGAUAUAUGUUAGGUUAUAUGCUUAUCAAACAAUAAAAAAGUUAAACUUAGCUUUUUACCGCAAACGACGAUCAACAAAAGGCCACCGGACAGGGAAUGGAGCAAAUGGAAGUGGAUGUGGACAUGUCGGCCAAGCCGAGCACCUCGUCCUCGGCGCACAAAGCACAGGAUGCCACCCCCAACCCGCCGCCGCAGGGAAACAUAAUGGCUGCGGCGGGCACCAGUGGCUCGGUGACCAUUUCGCUGCAUCCGCUGGUCAUAAUGAAUAUAUCGGAGCACUGGACUCGCUUCCGGGCGCAGCACGGUGAGCCGCGCCAGGUGUACGGCGCCCUGAUUGGCAAGCAGAAGGGCCGCAACAUAGAGAUUAUGAACUCGUUCGAACUCAAAACCGAUGUGAUUGGCGACGAGACGGUGAUCAACAAGGAUUACUACAACAAGAAGGAGCAGCAGUACAAGCAGGUUUUCAGCGAUCUCGACUUCAUAGGCUGGUACACAACGGGCGAGAAUCCCACCGCAGACGACAUCAAGAUCCAGAAACAAAUAGCCGCCAUUAACGAAUGCCCCAUCAUGCUGCAGCUGAACCCGCUCUCCCGCAGCGUCGACCAUCUGCCGCUGAAGCUCUUCGAGUCGCUGAUCGACCUGGUGGAUGGCGAGGCCACCAUGCUGUUCGUGCCCCUCACCUACACACUGGCCACCGAGGAGGCGGAGCGCAUCGGCGUGGAUCAUGUGGCCCGCAUGACUUCGAACGAGUCCGGCGAGAAGAGCGUGGUGGCCGAGCAUCUGGUGGCCCAGGACAGUGCCAUCAAGAUGCUCAAUACGCGCAUCAAGAUCGUGCUGCAGUACAUCCGCGAUGUGGAGGCCGGGAAGCUAAGGGCCAAUCAGGAGAUCCUCCGCGAGGCCUACGCUUUAUGCCACCGACUGCCCGUGAUGCAGGUGCCCGCCUUCCAGGAGGAGUUCUACACGCAGUGCAACGAUGUGGGGCUGAUCAGCUAUUUGGGCACGCUGACCAAGGGCUGCAACGACAUGCACCAGUUUGUGAACAAGUUCAACAUGCUGUACGACCGCCAGGGAUCCUCGCGCCGCAUGCGAGGGCUCUACUAUUGAUAACCAACCUAUUAAAGCUUCUGAGAUAAAUAUGUAUA